CACGCAGGCAUAAGCCGCAUAUACUCAUGUACCCAACGUCAGGGGACACUUGAAACGAGAGAAGGUAAUUUGAGUGAUUUCAGUCAAGAAGGUUACAAUUAAAUGAACUAUUUCAUUAACUCCAUACAUAUCUGAAGGGUGGGCGUGAUCACGGAAGAUUCUUUCUGGAACUUGCCUCGAUUUCAGCACUACCGUAUUUUCGUGGAAAAAAUCGGUUCUGCCAGAGGUCUGUAGCCAUCGCAGUUUUAUUUGCGAUUCGCAAGGGAUGCAUUUUCAUCUCUUCGUGAAACGAGCCCUGCACUCUCUGCUCAGCUGGCUCUCCUCGGCCUCAGCCUGGCGUCAGUCCAACACCACUCCUCCUGCAGCUGUGGGGAGAGCCAGCUCAGUCCAACGCCACUCCUCCUGCAGCUGUGGGGAGAGCCAGCUCAGUCCAACGCCACUCCUCCUGCAGCUGUGGGGAGAGCCAGGGAGUCCCUCCCACUCUCUGUCACGCAGUUUCAGAGAAAACGAAACUUAACUCUCUCUGCGUCAAAUAACUAGGUGGGUCUGCUCAGAACCAGGAAAUAUCUCCUGCACUUUCACGCAGAUUCAGAGAGACUACACUACCUUCUGAAUAAAAAUUGAUCUCUUAUCAGUUUUUUUUGCCAUUUUUUUGUAAAAUGGCUGAAGGUGGCGUUUUACUAGAUCAGGACCAGUUAAGCUGUUCAAUCUGUCUGGAUCUACUGAAGGAGCCGGUGGCUAUUGCCUGUGGACACAGUUACUGUAUGGGCUGUAUUAAGGGCUGCUGGGAUCAGGAUGAUCAUACUGGUGUCUACAGCUGUCCCCAGUGCAGAGAGACCUUCGCCCCAAGGCCUGUUUUAAGAAAAAACACCAUGCUAGCUGAAGUGGUGGAGAAACUGAAGAAGACAGGACUCCAAGCUGCUCCUCCUGCUCACUGUUACGCUGGACCUGGAGACGUGGCGUGUGAUUUCUGCACUGGGAGAAAGCGCAAAGCCGUCAAGUCCUGUCUGGUGUGUCUGGCCUCUUACUGUGAAACUCACCUCCAGCCUCACUAUGAAUUUCCUGCCUUUAAGAAGCACAAACUGGCCAAAGCCACUGGAAACCUGCAGGAGAAUAUCUGCUCUCAUCAUGACGAACCACUGAAGAUUUACUGUCGUACCGAUCAGCAGUGUAUCUGUUAUCUGUGUACAAUGGAUGAACACAGAGGCCAUGAUACAGUCUCAGCUGCAGCAGAAAGGACUGAGAAACAGAAGCAGCUGGGGGCGACACAGAGUAAAUUCCAGCAGAGAAUCCAGGAGAGAGAGAAGGAGCUGCAGGAUCUGAGACAGGCUGUGCAGUCACACAAGCGCUCUGCGCAGGCAGCAGUGGAGGACAGUGAGAGGAUCUUUACUGAGAUGAUCCGCUCCAUUGAGAGAAGGUGCUCUGAGGUGAAAGAGCUGAUCAGAGAUCAGGAGAAGGCUGAAGUGAGUCAGGCUGAAGGACUCCUGGAGCGACUGGAGCAGGAGAUUGCUGAGUUGAGGAGGAGAGACGCUGAGCUGGAGCAGCUUUCACACACAGAGGAUCACAUCCAUUUCCUCCAGAGCUGGCAGACUCUCUGUGCCCCUCCUGGACCUGGAGACUUACCCAGCAUCACUGUCAGUCCACACGUCUCUUUGGAGGCUGUGAGGAAAUGUGUCUCUGAGCUGAAAGAGCGACUGGAGGACGUUUUCAAGGCGGAGUUGGUCAAAGUUUCUGGAAAAGUGGGAAGAGUCCAUAUUGUUGGCCCUGAAGAGCCCAAGACCAGAGAGGACUUCUUACAAUAUUCCUGUCAGCUCACACUGGACCCCAACACAGCGUAUGAAAACCUCCGUCUGUCUCAGGGGAACAGAGAGGUGACCCGUCUGAGAAAGAUCCAGUCAUAUCUUGAUCAUCCAGAGAGAUUUGACUACUGGGACCAGGUGCUGUGCAGAGAGGGUCUGUCUGGACGCUGUUACUGGGAGGCUGAGUGGAGUGGAGGUGGGGUUUCUAUAGCAGUGACAUAUAAAGACAUCAGCAGGAAAGGAGGGGGUGAUGCCGCUGCUCUGGGAUGGAAUGACAAGUCCUGGACUUUGCGCUGCUCUCCCUCCGGUUACUCAUUCUGGCACAAUAAUAAGGACACUAAAAUCCCUGUUCCCUCCUCCUCCAGAAUAGGAGUGUACCUGGAUCACAGGGCAGGAACUCUGUCCUUCUACAGCGUCUCUGACACAAUGACCCUCCUGCACAGAGUCCAGACCACAUUCACUCAGCCCCUCUAUCCUGGGUUUUGGUUUCAUAAUUAUGAAUCCUCUGUAAAACUGUGUGAUCUGGGUUGAGUCAGAAAGUGAAGGGAAGAUCAGCUGUAAUUAAAAAGAGGGAAAAACAGUGAGAUAAAACAGUGAAAUGAGAUAGAAAAUGAAUUAAAUGAAAUAUUGGGCUGGCUCAUUACACCAAGGGCCGAGUUUUACCUUGAUAUGCAGCUUCACAAACCUGAUUUAAUAAGAUUUGGUGAAGUUACUGUUGUGACUCCAUUUUGAUGAUUUAGGAGUGCUUAAUGGAUGAUUUUUGAGACGCCUUUAGAAGUAUUACAUCGCUGUACAGGGCGUUUAGUGCUGCAGCACCCAGGCUCUGGAAUG